AUCCUGUUUGUAAGCUGCUUUGAAACAGAGGAUCUCACUGCUGCUCUCUCUAAAACCCAACGGUUCCCAGAGCAUCUCUGUGCAAUGGCUAUGGUGUGUCUGUUGGACUUUGAAGCUUAUGCUGAAAAAUAUUUACCUAAGAUUGCUUGGGAUUUCUUUGCAGCGGGAGCAGAUGAGUGUAGCACCCGAGAUGAAAACAUCCUGGCAUAUAAAAGGAUUCGUUUUCGGCCACGUAUGCUGCGAGACGUAUCUAUGCUGGACACCAGGACUAAAAUCCUGGGGACUGAAAUCAGUUUUCCAGUAGGAAUCGCCCCAACUGGCUUCCACCAACUAGCAUGGCCUGAUGGAGAGAAAAGCACAGCCAGAGCGGCCAAAGCAAUGGGCACCUGUUACAUUGCCAGCACCUACUCUACCUGCUCACUGGAAGAGAUUGCUGCAGCUGCUCCUGGUGGCUUUCGGUGGUUCCAGCUCUACAUCCACCGCAACAGGGCAGUCUCUAGGCAAUUGGUCCAACAGGCAGAGGCCUUGGGCUUCCAGGGCCUCGUCCUCACUGCGGAUCUGCCCUACACUGGCAAAAGGCGCAAUGAUGUCCGUAAUGGCUUCCGACUUCCUCCCCACAUGAAACUGAAGAACUUGGAGGGAGCCUUUGAGGGAGAUGACCGAUCUGAGUAUGGACUGCCACCCAACAGCCUGGAUCCUUCGGUCACCUGGGAUGAUAUCUACUGGCUCCGGAGCCUGACUCACCUGCCCAUUGUCAUCAAAGGGAUCUUGACAAAAGAAGAUGCAGAGCUUGCAGUGAGGCAUGGAGUUCAGGGAAUUAUCGUGUCCAACCAUGGUGGAAGGCAACUGGAUGGAGCACCUGCCACUAUAGAUGCUCUGGUUGAAGUUGUGGAGGCAGUACGAGACAGAGUUGAAGUUUAUUUAGAUGGUGGUAUACGGAAAGGAAGUGACGUAUUGAAAGCACUGGCACUGGGAGCAAAAUGCGUCUUUAUUGGAAGACCGGCUUUAUGGGGUCUGGCUUACAAGGGUGAAGAAGGUCUUCAGGAUGUUCUGAGGAUUCUGCGUGAUGAGUUUCGUUUGUCAAUGGCCUUAGCUGGCUGUGCCAGCAUCUCAGAAAUUGGCCAAGACCUGGUACAGUUUUCAAAGCUGUGAACAGUCUCCUGCAACACCUUAAGAAGCCAAUGGCUGAGGUUCCACAACAGACUGAAGAGAGAGAAAGAAGUGAAAAUGUUGAAUAUAUAACAUGUCUGAGAAGGACUACAGGAAACUCUUGAGGCAAUUAGGAAAGGCUUUGUAUUAGCAGCAAUCACUGUUUGCUUUUUUUGAGACCGAUGAGUUCUUUAACACUUCAGAUAGAUGAUACUUGCUUAAAUGCAUAUAAUUUAAACUGGCUAUUCCCUGACAUUACCUGUGUUGGGCAUUACUCCCCAAAUCAGUUCUGUCUGGCAGCCAGAUUGUAGUCUGACUGCAGCCCAAGCUACAUACUUCUCUACUCCAGGCAGUAUUGUGGCUGUAUCUUCCAUAGCCUGGGCUUUCCUGGAUGAAUUCAUAGCAGGCACAGAAGCUAGAUAAAUCAGAUAUCAGACACCAUAUUUCCCCUUUAAGGUGGAGUAGGUAUUGUCUUCUUCUGAAUGCAGAGAAAUGAAGUGAUUAGUGACCAAAGCAAUGGGCUCUGCUCCCUGCAGAGCGCAUCUCCUCCUGCAGAUGGUUGAUGCAGUCUGAACACUCAUCAGAACAGUGGUCAGGAUCCACACAUCUUCCAAGUACAACAUAAAUCUGUGGCAGUGCAUAAAUGGAUCAGAUAAAUGGAUCAGAUACUCCUGGCUUCCUGGUCUCUUUUCCUGUGGAGGAGUUAUUGCAGAUAGGUAGUGGUGGUGAUGGGUCCGUGACAAAAACCAGGAGUUUUGUUUGCUUUCUUUUGGUCCUCUUUCAUAUGGAUAUUUCCUUUUCAGUCUCAUUCUUUAGAACACAGUCUUCAGUGACACCACUGAGUCUUUCUUUUCCCUCUCAUCCUCAUUCCAUCUCCUUUCAUCAUCUAACUGCCCCUGUCAAUCUCCCCUCUCCAUUAUUUUUCUUCAGAAAUAUUUCAGUUCUCACCUAGGCUACUAUUUUUAUAGUACCCCCAGACACCACAAGCUCCCAGCGUCACAGAGCUUUGCAGAUCUCUGAAAAGUGGCCACAACCUCCUCUCUCCAAACUCGUAAAAUUGGCUGCUAUCUCCUGCUAAAGUCUGACUCCAUGCUUCCAGUCUGUUUUUGCCGUCUCAAUCACACAUUCCCACCAGUCUCUUGUAGAGUGGUUUGUAUGUUUUGUUUUUAUACAUAGCAGUGAAACUUAUUUUUGUGCUAUUUAUAAUUAGCUUUAGCCUCUGGAGUACCAAGAAGGUGAUUUUCACCGUUUUUCUUUUCCAAAUACUCCAGUUACAACAUACUGCCAGGAAAGAUGCAUUUGAGCUCUUCUGUCAAGGAGGAGCUCAACAAUAAUUAAUCUUUGUGUAAUGGUGUCCAAGCAUAGCCAUAAACAGAAUUCAUCUGAAAUAGCUGAAAUUCCUGUGUAGACUUUUGGUCUUUCCUAUAAAUAUGUUGUGAUGUUGUGUAAAUCAAGGGGGAAUAGGGACAGUAUAACUGGAAAUAAGCUUAAUCGCUGAAAAAGCUUCAGCUGACUUAACUACUCAGGCUUAUGUAAUGUGAUAAUGUGUUUCAUCUUUAAAAAUGCAAUGGAAUCUUAAAAAUAUCUGCUAAGACAUGUGAGUGCUUGCUUUCUCUAAAGAAAAUUUUAAGGCCAGACA